AUGGCCAAUUUACGAAAAACUCACCCAUUACUUAAAAUCGCCAACGACGCCCUAGUCGACCUUCCAACCCCUGCUAACAUUUCAGUAUGAUGAAACUUUGGCUCCCUGCUUGGACUUUGUCUAGUAGCCCAGAUUCUAACAGGCCUAUUCCUGGCCAUACAUUACACAUCAGACAUUGCCACAGCCUUUUCUUCUGUUGCCCACAUCUGCCGUGAUGUCAACUACGGAUGACUAAUCCGAAAUAUGCACGCCAACGGCGCAUCCUUCUUUUUUAUUUGCAUCUACCUUCACAUCGGACGAGGGCUAUACUACGGCUCCUACCUGCACAAAGAAACAUGAAAUGUUGGAGUUAUUCUCCUAUUACUAGUUAUGAUAACUGCCUUUGUUGGGUACGUCCUUCCAUGAGGCCAAAUGUCAUUCUGAGGCGCCACCGUCAUUACAAAUCUCCUAUCAGCAAUCCCAUAUGUAGGCAGCUCCCUAGUACAAUGAAUCUGAGGUGGCUUUUCUGUCGACAACGCUACACUUACCCGAUUCUUUGCCUUCCACUUCCUAUUUCCCUUCGUUAUUGUAGCAAUAACAUUAGUGCAUCUCAUUUUCCUUCAUGAAACAGGAUCCAAUAAUCCUACAGGCCUUAACUCAGAUGCAGACAAAAUUUCCUUCCACCCGUACUUCUCAUACAAAGAUCUCCUAGGCUUCGCAGCCCUACUCAUUGCCCUUAUCUCCUUAGCAUUAUUCUCCCCCAACCUCCUUGGUGACCCCGACAAUUUCACUCCCGCAAACCCCAUAGUAACUCCCCCCCACAUCAAGCCAGAAUGAUACUUCCUAUUCGCAUACGCCAUUCUACGAUCCAUCCCUAACAAACUAGGAGGUGUCCUAGCCCUUCUUGCCUCUAUCCUAGUCCUUAUACUAGUGCCAAUUCUACACACAUCUAAACAACGAAGCUUAACCUUCCGACCACUAACACAAUUCCUCUUCUGACUCCUAAUUGCAGACGUAAUCAUUCUAACCUGAAUUGGAGGAAUGCCAGUAGAACACCCAUUUAUUAUCAUCGGCCAAAUCGCUUCCGUCCUAUACUUCUCCCUCUUCCUCGUACUUGUCCCUACAGUAGGCUGAGUUGAAAACAAAUUCUUAAAAUGACGAU